ACAAACGUAAACCUUUUUCUUGAGAUAUACGAUGCGGUGACAAUGAGUAACAACUCCAAGUGCAACUCAGACACUGACCAGGAUCUCUGGGGGAAAGAUCAUCCUCGCGAUGCAUGGAUCCAAAUCUGCUUCUCUCUGAGUCUUGGUCUGAUUGCUUUCUUUACCUUCUGUUUCCUUCGACCCCGAUGGAAAGGUUUAUACGCUGCGCGAAAGAAGCAGAUAGGCCGCGAAACCGCUCUUCCUGAUCUUCCGGACAGUACAUUUGGGUGGAUACUGCCAUUAUGGAGGAUUACGGAUGAGCAGGUUUUGGCUUCUGCUGGCCUUGACGCCUACGUGUAUCUUGCCUUCUUCAAAAUGGCUAUCAAGUUCUUCCUCAUCUCGCUCUUCUUCGGCCUCGUCGUAAUCAAACCUGUCCACGAUACACACAAAAAGCCUCCGCGAAAAGAUCUCCUCCCUAAUCCGCCCGAUCCCGUAGCUUUGACUACGCAUCUGGAAGUUCGGUCAAGCUGGGAAACUCUAAGUCAGGAUUUCUAUGGAUAUUCUAACGAUUACCUGUGGAUGUAUCUUGUCUUUGCAUACUUAUUCACGGGCAUAAUUCUCUAUCUCAUUGUUUCGGAGACAAGGAGGAUCAUUGAGGUCAGGCAGGAGUAUUUGGGUAGCCAAACAACGAUCACGGAUCGCACCAUAAGACUGUCGGGUGUUCCCCUUGAUCUGCGGUCCGAAGAGAAGAUCAAGGACUUUAUCGAGAAUUUGGAAAUUGGCAAAGUAACGAGCGUGACGCUCUGCAAGAAUUGGAAAGAGCUUGAUGAUCGCGUUUUUCAGAGGAAUGCGACGCUGAGGCAGCUGGAAGAAGCUUGGACAGUAUAUUUAGGUAAAAGAAGGGUUGAACGGAGCCUUGAGACACUUCCAGUAGUUCAACCUCUGCCACCAGGCCCGGAGGUCGGCGUUGACAACGAUGGCGAUAACGAAAGUAGUCAGCUUCUGAAUGACACCGAGCGAGACCCUGAUUAUAUCCCGCCAUACUCUCGACAGCGACCGAUGGCCAAGAUCUGGUAUGGGCGCUUCAAAUUGCGAUAUAGAAGCGUAGAUGCUAUCAAUUACUACGAGGAAAAGCUUCGCAGACUUGAUGACGAUAUCAAGAUCCUUCGUAAGAAGGACUUUGAGCCAACCCCGCUAGCUUUCGUCACAAUGGACAGCGUUGCCAGCGCUCAGAUGGCCAUCCAGGCCGUUUUGGACCCUUCCCCGCUUCAACUUCUGGCCUCCACCAGCCCAUCUCCUUUAGAUGUUGUUUGGCCAAACACGUAUUUACCCCGGUCUAAACGUAUGCUUAGAGCUUGGAGCAUUACUGUCUUCAUCGGUAUCUUGAGCAUUUUUUGGACAGUUUUGCUUGUCCCUAUUGCUGGUGCUCUCAAUGUCUGUCUUAUUCUGGAAGUAUUCCCACGACUCGGACAGAUUCUACUUGACCACCCGGUCUUGAAAACUUUGGUGAAUGCUCAAGUUCCUACCUUGGCUGUUACUCUCUUGAACGUUCUCGUACCCUUCUUAUAUGACUGGCUCGCGAAUCAACAAGGCAUGAUUUCACAGGGCGACGUUGAGCUCUCUGUCAUCUCAAAGAACUUCUUCUUUACAUUCUUCAAUUUCUUCGUGCUUUUCACAAUGUUGGGGACGGCGUCAAACGUCUUCACUCUGUUCGAGCAAUUUGGAGAGAAGUUUUCCAGCGCCACAGAAUUUGCAAAAGCUCUUGCAACUUCUCUAUCCAAAUUGAUCGGCUUCUACACGAAUUACGUUAUUCUCCAGGGUUUUGGUCUCUUUCCUCUGCGUCUGAUGGAGAUUGGUGCGCUCUCAUUGUACCCUAUCAAUUUGAUUGGAGCAAAGACUCCUCGAGAUUAUGCCGAAUUAGUGCAGCCUCCGGUUUUCAGUUAUGGAUUCUUCCUUCCACAGACCAUUCUCAUCUUCAUUAUCUGUCUUGUAUACAGCGUACUUGAGGACUCGUGGAAAAUCCUCCUGACCGGCCUAGCUUAUUUCUUCAUCGGCCACUUCGUCCAUAAGUAUCAACUUCUGUAUGCGAUGGAGCACCGACAACAUUCUACAGGCAAGGGAUGGAUGAUGAUGUGCGAUCGUGUUAUUGUUGGAGUAGUGAUGUUCCAGAUCACUAUGGCAAGCCAACUCGGAUUCCUCAACGCAUGGAGGCGAGCUGGUAUGGUCGCUCCUCUAAUUCUUGGAACCAUUUGGUUUGCGUAUAACUACAGUCGUACCUAUAGACCGUUGAUGAAGUUCAUCGCGUUACGAAGCCUUCGAAGCGUUGAGCGCUCCGAUCUAGGGCGGGCCGUGCAAGAAGAACGCUUCACGCUUGGUCGAGGUCGCAUUUCCGGAAUCGGCCGACAAACCCUCGACGAAGCUCGAGAAAGUGGAUUGCGUUUUGAGAGCCCGUGUCUGACGAUGCCGCUUGAUGACUUGUGGAUUGUCGACAAACGUGCACGAUCUGAGAAUGGAUCUGUGACACAUAGCUCCAACGGUGACGGUGACGCAUAGACUUCCCUGAUGUACAAUCGUAGGUAAAUAUGUAUAUGUUGGUGGAAUAUUCGUUGUUUCAAGUUGUACAGAGCGGCAAUCGCUGCCUCAUACUUUCUGCGUUCUACUUUCCUAUUCUGAAUUGCUUUAUACCCAUACCCAUUUGACUCUUUCCUGGUAGCGUUCAGCCACCUACCAAUACCUUCCUGAUCUUGUAUAUAUGUCAGCACUGCUAAGUUACCGUAAUGUUACUUCACCAUCCUCAGUCACCGAC